AUGUCUACCCCCGAGACAACCAAAUGGGUAGAAUCCCAGACGCUAACAAAUCUUGCCAAACGAAUACACAUUCCUCUCACGCCUACAAGUCCUCCAGGCCUAAUUGAAGCAAAUACAGUGGAUCCUUGGGACAAGGCUGGUAAAUAUGCUUUGGGAUGGACCUACCUUUGUCUUGUUUUGGUGGUUUUAGUAGCUGUGACGAGGGUGUAUCACUUAUGGACCGACAAGAUAAGGCAAGCAAUGCACAAACACGAGUUUGAACAGUACUACGGGAACUAUUCCCCUGAUGACGAUUAUGCGAUGGAAAACAUGCACACGGGUCAGAUGGGACACACCAGAGAACACACCGGGGAACAACUUUUCCCCCGGGCAGGAGAGAAGGGAAUGACCCUCACGAGAGGACAAUCAGAAUGGUCUUCAUUCCGAGCCGUCAACGACACACUAGCAUUAUUCAGGUGGAUAUUUUAUCGACCUGUACCAGAGAUAAAAUGGAGAAAGAAGGUGUUACUCGGAUUCCCGUCACUUGCCGUUAUUGCAAUCCUCAUCAUUGCUUUGGCUUUUGUGACACUCUACUGUUUUUUGCCACAGCCCCUUUUUUGGCAGAGCAUUCGAUUUGGAUCGCCGCCUCUCGCCAUCAGAGCUGGAAUGCUUGCGGUUGCCAUGACCCCAUGGAUUGUCGCUACAAGUAUGAAGGGAAAUCUUAUUGCGGCUAUUACAGGAAUUGGACAUGAGCGACUGGGGGUAUUUCACAGGUGGGGCGGAUACCUCUGCCUAUUUUUGGCCAUCGUUCAUACCGUUCCCUUUUAUAUCACACCAGUUUACGAAGACGGGGGUAUGGCUGUGUUUGAGAGACUCUUUCCUCAAGGUAGCGGGGUUGUAUAUGGCACUGGAAUUGCUUGUCUUGUGCCUCUCGGUUGGCUCUGCGUUGCGUCUUUGCCAUUCUUGAGAACCCUGGCAUACGAACUGUUCCUACUAUUCCAUAUUCCUGUGUCCAUUGCCUAUGUUGGGCUUCUCUUCUGGCAUUGCCACAACUACCUGACUUCUUGGAGUUAUCUUUGGGCUACGGUUGCCAUCUGGUGUUUUUCAUAUUUCUUGAGAAUAUUCAAUGUGAAUUGGGCUAAACCGUGGAGAAACUCUUGGUUGAUUGGAGACGAAGCAGCAGUGACUUUGAUGGCCGAGAAUGCGAUCAAAGUCACAAUUCCAACGCAGAUGACCUGGAGACCCGGUCAAUAUGUCUACCUGAGAAUGCCCGCCAUUUCAAUAUUCGAGAGCCACCCUUUUACCAUUUCCUCGCUCUGCAGCGAAGAUUUCCCUUCUGAAUACGGCGACCUUUACAGAGAUUGCACUUUGGUCUUCCGUCCAUUCGGAGGCUUCACUCGCAAGGUUCUUGAGACUGCGAUUGUCAAAGGUCCAUUUCAAACCUACAGGGCAUAUCUCGAGGGACCAUACGGUGGUAUGCAAAGGGAACUGGCAUCUUUCGAUACUGUCAUUUUGUUUGCAGGUGGAAGCGGUAUCACGGCAAUCGUCUCGCAACUUCUGAAUUUAAUCAAGAGAAUGAGAGACGGAAAGGCAGUGACACAAAAGAUCGAAGUUGUAUGGGCUCUGAAAAGACUGGAGGCAAUGGAUUGGUUCAGAGAAGAACUUCGAAUUUGCAGAGAGUAUGCACCCCCAGACUCAGUCGCCUGUCAAUUCUAUGUCACCGCGGCGAAGCGACAGACACACCAGGGAACUGGGAUAGGCAGGGCACCUCGACCAAUCAGCAAUAUGCUUCACGAUAAACUCGAUGGAUUUGUUUCUGACAUUGCUUCGAAACGAAACUCCCAAUACAUUCGAGACGAAGCCGGGGGUAAUGUUGAACGUGAGGAAGAGCUACGAGCCGAAAACGAAGAUGCCAUAACAUCACUACCAAGAGCAAACCACCUGCAACCAAAGGUGCUCCCUCCCACGCCUCAGACGUCUUUUCCACCACCACCAAAGAAGGUGAUGAGAGAGAAUUCAUUAAAGAAGUUAGAAGGACGAGCUACCUCAUCACCCCUUCCCCCCGCGGAAGGGCACGAAGCUACUCGUAAGUUCUUGUCUCCAACGUCAGGAGGCCAAUCGAAAAAUCAGGAGUUCCAUUUCCCGCCGCCUCCUCCACGGGCAGAUGCACCACAUUUCAAGUUCGCACCACCCUCUCCCAAAACUUCUAAUAACCCAUGGGGUGCGCAUAUGGACUCUGCAAGAAAUUCAGCAAUGUCUUAUGACCCAGACAACCUACCUGGACCUCCCCCAGGACCACCACCACCGGAUGGUUACAGACCAUCAAGUUUCGUCUCGCGUAAUUCUAAAUCCGAAUACCGCCCUACAAGCUACCUACCAGACUCAAAGUCUGCAUCACAAGAGAUGGAUCGUGACCAAGGACUCAAGCCACCUAGCUUUGAAGAUUCUAUCCGAGCAUCUCAAGACUCCAAGGAGUCUGAUCACUUUCCUCCUCCGCCUCCAUUGCCAGCGCCAUCGGAGGCACCUGUAUCAAACCCAUCUCCAACUCCAGUCUCAGCUCCUCAGGCUUCUUCUUCCCUCUCCCCAUACCCUGCCGCCCCUGAGCAAGCACAUAUCCGGCAAAAGUCAGGAGAUCUUCAUAUUGACAUCCCAUCUUCAUCUGGUAUCGCACCAGCACCAGCUGCUUCCAGCUUUGACUUCGGAUUCCCAUCCACGCCAACAGAAUUCCAAAAGAAUCUUAUGCGAUUCGCAUUCGUUGGUACAAAAGUAAAAAAGGAAGGCUGGUCGACAGAAUAUGGACGUCCAGACUUGGGAUAUAUGCUCAAGGAAAUGGCGACGGGUGGUGCGGAUGGGAAGGGGAUUUUUGGUCGGAGAACAUGUGUGUUUGUCUGUGGACCGCCGACGAUGAGAGUUGAUGUUGCCAAUACGGUUGCCAGGUUGCAAGCGGAUAUUUGGGGUGAUGAUAGUAAGGAUGAGAUUUUCUUGCAUACGGAGAAUUAUGCGAUUUAA